AUGACAUGGUCUGAAAAUGCAAUAACAGUUGCAGGAGGUAAUGGUAGAGGUUCAGCAUUAAAUCAACUCAAUCGUCCAAAUUCUUUGUAUGUCGAUGCUAAUGAAAAUGUGUAUGUAGCAGAUCGAUUGAAUCAUCGUAUUGUGAAAUGGAAACCUAAUGCCUCUAGUGGAGAAAUUGUGGCUGGUGGAAAUGGUCAAGGUUUAAAUGCAUAUCAGUUGGACAGACCACUGGAUGUGUCUGUAGAUGCUGGUGGAAAUAUUUUUAUUGCGGACGAAUCGUGUCGUGGGAUAUUAAAGUGGACUAAUGGUGCAAGUUGUGGUCAAGCUAUCAUGGCUGCAUAUCGUAGUGAUUGCGCUUAUCUUUGGAUUAAUUCACAUAGAAAUAUUUACACACUAGAUAGUAUCACGUACACGGUGAUAAAAUUAUCUGAAGAUUCUUUCGAACAAGUUGUUGUUGUAAGAGCAAAUGGACGUGGAAAUGCGUCAGAUCAAUUUAUCGGUCCAGAAGGUAUUUAUGCAGAUGAUAAUGGUGAUGUUUAUGUGGCAGAUACUCACAAUCAUCGCAUUCAAUUAUGGUCAAAUGGUUCAUCCACAGGUAUCACCGUAGCUGGAGGGAAUGGUCAAGGGACUAAGUUAAAUCAACUUAGCAGACCACUAUCGGUUAUUCUCGACGAAAACAAAAAUGUUUAUGUACCAGAUUACGAAAAUCAUCGUGUGGUGAAAUGGCCUGUAGGUGCUGCAAGUGGAGUAGUUAUUGCAGGUCAUGGUGGCAGAGGCAGUAGAGCAAACCAAUUAAACCUUCCAAUGGCAAUAAAAUUCGAUAAAAUUGGUAAUAUGUAUGUUGUUGAUCAAGGCAAUAAUCGUAUACAAAAAUUUAUCAUUAAUAACAGUAGUUCAAAUGAUGAUUGUAAGCAUACGUACACAGAUCUAAUAUAAGUUAAGAAAACGUACCGAGCGCUUAUAUCUCAGAAUUAUACAAUGUAGCCUAAAAAUGUUUUUUUCUUCUAUUUUUACUAUUUGAUUCAAUUUUAUCAACUAAAUUUUUGUUUUAAAGGAUGGGCAGACAUACCGAGUUUUUAUUUAAACGAACAACCUUCAAUGGUACUAUUCGAAGCUAAAACUUUUAACCGAAAUACAGAAAUUUAGCAUGUUUACUAUUUCUAGAAAAACACAUAAAUGGUAUCUGUUUUAAUUGCUUGAGUUUUGACUUAUUACAGUUCAGUUCAUUUUUAUGAAGACAUAUUAAAAUAAAAUUCUAUGAAGAGACUGUUCAAGAAUUCGAGAGUAUAAAGAUUCGAAUCACUCAAUAAGUUGAAGUAAUUAAAAAAGAAAUGUUACAUAAUGUUUGUCUGAAAAUGGAAAUUUCAUAUUUCGGUUAAAGGUCUUAACGUUGAACAGCACUUCUGAAACAUAUUCGUGUCAAUAAAAACUUGAUGUAUAGACCAAUGAUUUAAAAGAAAGUUUAGUUGAUAAAGUUGAAUCGAAUAGUAAAGAUAGAAGAAACAACUUUUAGGAAAGGAAUUUUAGAACACACUGUAUAAUUCGAAUCUUUAUUAUCCAGAUUGAUUUUGGUUAUUUUGUUUUAUAUUGAUGGAACGAAACAAGUUUGAAACAAUUUUAUAAAACUGAGACAGCAAAAAACUUGGGAGCUAUUUGUAAAUUAAAUUAUUUUUUUAGCCUGUUUUCUAUGAUCCAGAUCAAGUAUGUGCUUUUACAAAUUUAUUCAUUAUUGUUAAUAAUGAAACAUUAUAUAAACACUUUGCUUGACUUCUACUAAUGUUUUAUUUUGAAUACUUUAUUAUUUAUCAUUCCUUUGUAUUUAUCUUUCUAUUAACAUCAUUUUAUUUCCUUUAACUUAAAACUGAUAUUUAACAAACAUAAAUAGUUGAUUGUAAUAAUGGUUUAAUUACAAUAGGUACACUUUUUGUUAUUUUUGUUAUCAAAAAUAGAAUUUGGUGCUUUACCGUUUGUACAUCAGUAUGUAAGACACUUACGCAAGGGAGUACGUAACAGUAAUGGCAUGUGUGAUUGAUAAAAACCACCUAAAUUUUUCUCACGUUCUUCUGUUUCCAUGCGCAUAUAUUUAUUAUUUUUUCAAAUAAAUUAAUAAAAGUAGUUAAUAAAUAAUAAAAGUUACUAACACAGAAGGGUGUGGGUGUGGGUGUGGGUGUGGGGUGUGGG